AUGUCGUGGAAUGAAACAAAUACUACUGCAAACACAACAACUACUGGGGAUUCUUUCUCAUGGAGUGCUGUUGGAUUUUUAAUAUUUGUUGCUAUAAUCUUCAUUAUAUCAGUUAUAUUAAUACUUUAUUUUGAAAAAGUUUGCUGUUUUGCACGAUAUCGAUUUAUAAAACAUUUAUUAAGACGAAUUAAUAGAACAAAAACAUCUCAACCAACAUCUAAACCUAUUCAAUCUAUUGCAAUGACAUCUAUAAAUAAAUUUGAAGAUAAAAAUCGAACUUCUUCACAACAAAAUCCAGAAUAUCUUUGGAUUGCUGGUCAAUGUGAACAUAGAACAACAUUUCAACCAUCAGCAUUAUUAGAUACAAAUGAAUUUAGUACAGAUUUACCAGAUGAUGAUUAUACAACAUUAGUACCACCAAUAAAACAAAUAAAUAAUAGUGAACGAAAAUUACCAGCAAUACCAAUAAUUAUUGAACAUAAAGAAAAUGAUUCAUCAACAAAAAAGGUUAAAAGAUUAAAUUCAAAAUCUAAUUAUCAACAAAAUACAACAAUAACUCGAGUAUCAAGACGACAAUCAAGUGUUGAUCCGGAUUCAAUUGGAUAUAUACAUUCAGCUCCAUCAUCACCUGCUCUAUUAUAUAGUGCUAAACGAAGAUCAAAUCAUAAUCAUAGUCUUAAGGAUCAAUUUAAUGUUGAUAGAAAAUCUAUAUCAAAUGAUCCUAGUCCAGUAUUAUCAAAUGUUCCGAGUAGUAGUUUUAAAUCAGGUGCACUUGAAAUUCGAUUAAAAUUUGACGCUAAAAAUAGCAAAAUGUGGGUAUUUAUUAUAAAAGCAACAUUAGAAAUUGAUCAAUGUGUAUUAAAACAAACACUUGUUCAAAUACAUCUAACUAUGUUACCUAAUAAACGUAUUCGUUUUCGUACACAAGCUAAACCUGCUGAUAAUGCUAUGUUUGCAGAAGAAUUUUUCUGUAAAGUAGCACCAGAAUCAAUUCAAACACAAGGUAUUCGUUUUCGAUUAUAUAUAAAUAAACGAUUUAAACGUGAAAAACUUGUUGCUGAAGCAACAGUUAUGUUCGGUUUAAUUAAUCUUGAUGAAGAUAUGUGUAAAAUGAUUACAUUAGAACCAGUAUAUUCAUCUGAUGAUUCAGAAUUAGCUAGUAGUCAUUCACAUACAAGUAGUAAUUCACAAUCAAGACAAGAUUCAUUAAUUCCCAGUGGAGAACCUAUGAGUUCUCUUUUACCAGAACUUGAAAUUGGUUUAGCUUAUGAUAAAAAUCAAUCGAUUCUCAUUUUUGAAAUAGGAAAAGGAAUUAAUUUUGGUAUGACAUCACAAGGACGAGCUCCAGAUACAUAUGUUCAAUUAACACUUCUAAAUUCUUCUGGAGAAGAAAUGGCAUCAAAUCGAACAGUUACUCGUCGUCAUCAACAUCAUCCUGUAUUUGCUGAACGUUAUCCAUUUAAUAUUGAAGAAAAUCUGCUCAAUCAAAUAACAAUUGUGGUUACAAUUAUUAAUAAAAAACCAACAGGAAAAUAUGAUCGUAGUCUUGGUUGGAUAUCAUUUGGUCAUGGGGUUAGUGGUAACUCUCAAGUAGCUCAUUGGGAUUCAAUGCUCAAUGCACACGGUGAAACUAUAACACGAUGGCAUACUUUAUUAGAAAGUUGA